UGCAUGCAUCUUAUUUCAUCAUUUGUGUAUUGGGAAUAUCCGACCUUUAAAGCACCACCACAGUAAAUAAAACUAUGUAAGGAAAAAUGGAGGAAAAACAUUCGUCCAUUUUCUCCACCAACAUUCCUUGUAGGAAUGAAAUGAUUCACGGAAGAUGCCCUUAUAUUGAUAAAGGAUGCAUUUUUCAGCACAAAAUGCAGAACCCAUUACCGAGUGAAGAUUGGAAGGCUUCACGAAAAGCCGAACAAAUACCUGUUUCUUCAGUUACUUCUUCCAGUCGACUCAGCGUCAAUUCUCCAUCUUUCACUCCAUCCUUGGUCAUCAAGCCCACAGACUCUCCUUCACUAUCGAAUCGCCAAAAAGAAAUUACUCCAUUGACGAAAACAAAAUCCUAUUCUUCUGCUUUAUCAUCUGGGAAAAAUGGUGUUGCUACUAGUCGUGUGAAUAGUCCUCCCAAGACAAUUUCACUGACUCCGUCUAGCUCUCGGGCUACCGUAGAUUCCUCAGGAAAAUCAUAUUUGGCUCGUAACGCUUUGCCUUUUUCCCCCAAGGCUACUUCGGUACCUCUUAAAGAUCGUUCUACUACUCCUUCAUACCCUUCUGUGAACGCACCAUCGUUUACUUCGACAAAAGGAGCUGUCCCCGCCAUUUCCUCGCCGUCACCCGGCUUACUACCUUUUCCUUCUCAAGUGCAGCCUACUAAUUAUUUGAGUCCAUCUAUCACCGGAUCCGAGCAGGUUCAAGGGGUUGAAUUAGAUCGUCAUAUCGUAGCUAAGUUUCCGCCUUUUCUUCAUACCAUGAAUGAUUCAGAAAAGAAAAAAGUCGAGACUUUUCUUGCCGAUGAUUUCGAAGGAUGGCUUUUACAUCUUUCAAGAGAGAAUUUUCUUUUCUCAAGUUCAUCGAAGUUACCAACUCAUAUUCUGAAUUAUCAUAGUUUGACCCCUCGACGUACCAUAACUACUUCGCUUCCUGUUUUGGGAUAUUCGACCAGUACUUACAAAGUAAUCGAUGGAGAUAAUGGACAACCAUAUAUAUUUGUUCAAUUGCAAAAUUUCCAAUUGUUACGUGAUAAAAAUAUCACAAAUGUAGUACCGUGGACAAAGAUUCGUUCUCCGUACAUAAUGAGUAUCAAAGAAGCAUUUACAACUCAUGCUUUUGGACAACCUUCUGUCGUAUUCGUUUACGAGUAUACUCCUUCUUGUCCUUCGCUUUAUGACUUGUUUUUUUCUUCUCCGGUCUUCCGUAAGAAGGCUGCAUCUUAUUAUUUCUCAAAGCCAUUGUUAAGUACUGAAAAAGUGCUUUGGACAAUUGCCAGUCAAUUGAUCGGGGCUUUGCAUACCAUUCAUUCUGCUGGCAUGGCAGCGAAAAUGAUCACAGCCAAAAAUGUGUUGAUGGUGGGAAAAUUACGAGUGGCAUUGUUCGGUUUAGGCAUUUUUGAUGUGAUAUCGGAGUAUCCGAACACUUCAUUAGAAAACCUUCAGAUGGAGGAUUGUCGAAACCUUGGUCUUUUGCUAUUAUCUUUGGCAUCUGGCAUUGAGAAUAUAUCAAUUGCAACAGCAAGAGAUCAUAUAGCAAACCUUGGUUUCCGAUAUGACAUUCAAUCAUCUUUCCUUGAACUGAUAAAAAGUUUACUACUGGAUGAGAGUAUCCGAAUUGACCAUGUAUUACCAUCUGUCAUACCUUAUAUCAUUACAAAUUAUGAGAACAGUACUCUAAUGCAAGAUGUUUAUCAGUCACAUCUAGCUGAGCAAGUAGAAAACGAUCGAUUAUUGAGAGUACUUUUAAAAUUUGAAUUCCUUGAUGAUCGGCCUGAAUUUCUGGAAGAUCCAGACUGGUCUCCAUGCGGGCGAUUUUGGAUCAUUCGCUUGUUCAGAAAAUACAUGUUUCGUGUUAAGCAAUAUUCCAGAGGAGAUGGGCACCCUAUAAAGUCUCAGUUGCUUGAUGCGUCCAAACUGAUCGAACGUAACAUUGAUCUGUCGCAUCUUCUGCAAUGUCUGAACAAGCUGGAUGCCGGAAUAGAGGAAAAACUACUUUUAGAAGAUUCUUGCAAUCGCAUUAUAGUCAGUUACAAAGAUGUGAAAACAGCGAUCAAUACUGCGUUUAUGGAACUGGAAUAUCGUGUCUCUAAUAAUGUUAGUAUAAAAAAAUAAAAAGUUUGUAACAGA